GCCCCACUGGACGCACAUCCUGUCCCUGGACAGAGGGACAGGCUUGGGGGACCUUGAGUCACAGACCCAGGCUCAGCUGCAGAGGCUGCUGGCAACUGUGGAGGGCUGCAGCCCGCCUUGGCUGUCCUGAGCACGGGCCCUGCAGGGCAGCCGAGCGCCACCUGGCUUCUCUGCGGAAAGCCCAGAGUGACCUGCCCUCCUGGGCGCCCUCCCCACUUGCCCUCCCUGGUCCCAACACCUCUCAGGGGCUCGUCCUUUAAACUGCACCGCUGCCUCCUCCGCCGGCAAGAUCCCCGCCAGGUGGGGCAUCCCAGGCUGAGUUCCGUCCCGGCAGACGCCUCUCCCCCUCCAGGCUGUGAGCUGCCGGGGCUUUGAGGUGCCCUCGAGGUCGUCACCAGCCCAGACUGGAGAACUGAAGCGCUGCAGCAUGGCGCGCGGCUGCCUCCAGGGCGUCAAGUUCCUCAUGUUCGCCUUCAACCUGCUCUUCUGGCUGGGGGGCUGCGGCAUCCUCGGGGUUGGCAUCUGGCUGGCUGCCACGCAGGGGAACUUCGCCACCCUGUCCUCCUCCUUCCCGUCCCUGUCGGCCGCCAACCUGCUCAUCGUGACCGGCACCUUCGUCAUGGCCAUCGGCUUCGUGGGCUGCAUAGGGGCCAUCAAGGAGAACAAGUGCCUGCUGCUCACGUUCUUUGUGAUGCUGCUGCUGGUGCUCCUGCUGGAGGCCACCACCGCCAUCCUCUUCUUCGCCUACACUGAGCAGAUUGACCGGUACGCCCAGCGAGACCUAAAGAAGGGCCUGCACCUGUAUGGCACCCCAGGCAACGUGGGCCUCACCAAUGCCUGGAGCAUCAUCCAGACUGACUUCCGCUGCUGUGGGGUCUCCAACUACACUGACUGGUUCGAGGUCUAUAAUGCCACCCGCGUGCCCGACUCCUGCUGCCUGGAGUUCAGUGACAGCUGCGGACUCCACACACCUGGCACCUGGUGGAAGGCGCCGUGUUACGAGACCGUGAAGAUGUGGCUCCAGGAGAACCUGCUGGCUGUGGGCAUCUUCGGGUUGUGCACGGCGCUGGUGCAGAUCCUGGGUCUGACCUUCGCCAUGACCAUGUACUGCCAGGUGGUGAAGGCAGACACCUACUGUGCGUAGGCUUCGCCGCCAAAGGACCUCACCUGCCACCUGUGCUGCAGGACUCGGCGCCGUCCUGGGCACGGGGAAGCGGAGGUGCGGCCCCUGGGGCCCCGAGACCCACAGCUAGCCCCGUGAGCACGGAGGUGGCCGCGCAGGGGCAACGUGUGCAGGGCUGGGGGCGGGAGGGGCUUCUGGCGCUUUUCAUACCUGUGUAUUCUGCAGAGCAGUGUUCUCCCCCGUGGCGGGGCCAUUUGCGGUGGGCAGGGGGGUAAGGGCCGCCUGCGGGUCCUGGUGCUCAUGGCGGGCAGCCCCGCCGACCACAUUCCGCAGCGGAGCCGGGGCGGGCUCCGGGACGACUGAAUAAAGCGCGUGGACAGCAGCCCCCCCCCCACCGUCUGUUCUGCCCUAAACUUCGCCCCGGGGAGGGGAGCUGUGCCCAGACAGACCGUGUAGCCGAGGCCCCCCAUCGUGUGCCGGGUUCUCGGAUGUGCAUGGGUCCAGUCACCAAUCCACGAGCUUAGGUGCAGGAAGUAGCACAGUGGCGCCUCAGAAGGGUCCUGUGCCUCCCGGACCCUCUCCCAGCCCGUCAGUCCCGUCCCCUGAGGUGGGGAGGCCCCUCCACCCAGCCCCAGGGCCCUGCCUGUCCCCAGGGGACUUUCUGUUCCUGUGAACUUUGCCCUUGACUGUUCAUCUGUGCAGACUUUGGGAAGGGAGUGAGUGGCCAGGAUCCCUGGGCCCUGAGGGGCAGCGGGUCUCCUGGGAGGAAGGCUCUGGGUCAUGUGGCCCCAGAUCUGUUUCCAGCCCCUACUGCUGGCUCCAGGGUGCUGCCCUCUCCCUGCUCCUCCCAGGGACACCCCUGUGUCACUGUUCUUGUGUGGUGGACACACCUGCUGACACGCGGCCGAGCACUGACCACGGCCACAGACUGCCGAGUUCCCUACCCCGUGUCCCCCCGACGCCACCUGUCCUCACGCCGUGGAAGCCACCGGUGAGCGUGCCACCAGAACCAGCACGAGCUUGUGGCCUACAGGCACACGGCUAGCCCACCAGCAGCCAACAGCUGGAGUGCCGGGAAAAGGAGCCCACGUCCAGCAGCGCAGUCCCCAUCUGACCCGGGGACCCCCAGGGCCCCCUGCUGUUCCCUGGGCGCCACCCCCAGCUGGGUUCUCCCCCAGGAGGUGUGACCACACAGACCUGCCCCGGUGCCACGUCCUCCUGUGGACCCACGUGCAAGUUCCUUUUCGCUGGACAGAUGGAGGAGACUUGUCGCUUGCUCACCGCCCACGUGAGCCCUCAGACUCCAGCCAUGGCCCCACACUCCCCGGGGUCCUCAAGCUGCCUCGGCAGCCACGCUCCCCUGGGGGCCCCAGCCACCCGUCAGACCUUACCUGCUGCCUGUAUUUCAUUCCCAGACUCACUUUUCUCAGUGUGGGCACCCCUGGGGGUCUGACCUCAGGGCUCCUCUCCCAGCUCCUACCCCCUUCACUGGUCCUGUCUUCCAAAGCCCUGGCUGAGGAGGCCCCCCCCCCCCCCAGUGUCUGUCACCUGCCUGGCUCCAGACCCACUGAUCCCGGUUUGUCCAUGAGCCCAACUCUGGGGUGACUUCCAGACACACUAGAACCCAGCACCCCAGCGCUGGUGGGGGGAGGGGCCUGGCCUGUGCCCAUAGCUCCGUCCUCUGCUCCUUCCAAUUGCUAGGGUGUCUGGUGUGCGGCCUCAGGGAACCCUGCGCUGUGGCCCUUUGUGCUGGUCAGUGUCCCUGCCCCAGAAGUAGACAGGCACACGUGCACUCACACAUCUGUGGAAGCUGAGCACACGGACUUCUCGCUACACUUCCCCCACGUCCCCCAUCAGUCCUACCAUUCAGGCCGCACCCUGGAGGGGAGGGUGGCUCCUAGUAACUAGGAACUAGAGGGCCCAGCCCAGCCCCACCCUUCAAAACCUGCAGCCUUCCCCUUGGAGCCCUUCUGGCUUCAUGACCCCAGAACUCCCAGCUUGUGGCUCUAACUCCUGGUGUGCAGGGGAAAGCAGAGCCGUGGGGCAGCUGCACGCCCGCACGGCACCUGCCCUGGGUGGGCACAGCCCCCCGAAGGGUUCUGCUGCUUGGAGCCCACGGAGGUUAGUUACUGGGGAGUAAGCGUGAGCCGCUCUUCUGGCCGAGGAGCUGGGGGUCAGAGUCUUUGGCUACUGGCAAUCCCAACAUCUCCUGAGGUUUCAUCCUGCGGGCCUUGCUACCCUGUGGGCAGAACCUCAUGGCGCGGCUCACGCGAGCCGGAGGGCUCCCAGGGGUCCUUCUGUUGCCCCGUGGAGUCCAGGGCUUCGGCGGAUGGGAAGAGCUUCUGUGAGCCCAGCUUCUGCAGCGGCGCCUCCACCUUCGCGGAGCGCGGCCUGGCCGGCAGACGGAGCCAGCACGGGCAGCGAGAGGCCAAGGCCCCACUGUACAAGCCGAAGGCCGGGUGGGAGGGGCCUGCCUUCCCGGCAACCCCCCCAGGACUGUCCCCCCCCAACGCUGACGAGGACCCCUCCACCACCACUCGAGGACCACAGCAGAAACUGAGCAGAAAAAAGUCUGUAUUUCACUUAUCACACGGCUCAGAGCUGGCCUAGAGCAGGUCGUAGAAGUAAUCCAGGCCCUGGCCCAGCUCCCACAUGGACACGCCGACACCCAGCUCCCGGGCCAGCUCCAGCCGCACCUGCAAAGACUGCCGGCCCGGGAAGCGUCAGCCCUGCCUCGCCCCGCAGCCCCUGGUGGCCCCCUGACCGCGCUGCCCUCCACUGUCGCUGAGGGCAAGGGUCAUUCUGGGGAGAAGGGUGUUGUACGUGCGCCCCCACCCCCAGCACAAUGGCAGGCCCGUCGGUACCUUCAGAGUCGGGUAGAAGACGAUGUGCCUCCCUCCGCGGCUUCUGCAGGAGAGAAUGAGGCCUCCUGGCGCGGUCCCUCCCAGCACCCCCCCCCCCCACGGGAUGCGGGGACCCCUCCCCGGCAGCGGAGGCCUCGGGUCCUGCUGGGAAGGCUGCCCCACAGGGCCCACGCCUGGGGUGGACCAGCCCUCGGGGCAGAGGUGGAUGGGGGGCUGGGGCCCUUGGCCAGCCUGGGCAUGCACAGCCCUCACCUAGGGCCGUCUCCGGACACUCACUUCUUGUACUCGAAGAAGUGCUCUGCAGCCUGGCUGUCCCACACGACCCGGGGCCUGUGGUCCUUCAGCAGCUGGAUGUACCUGCGGGGAGCCGGGCGUGCGUGUGGGCGUCCUGAGGCGGCCUGCACACGGGCCGGUCACGGGAGCCGAGGACCACGCAUGCGCCCCGGACCCAAGUACGGGAGCACAGGAUGGGGAAUGGGACACCUUGCCCCUGGCAGAUGUGGGCUGGGGGCCUCCCGUCCUCCCUGGGGGGUGGGGGACAGACUGAGAACGACAGACUGCAAGCUCCGUAAGCUCAGUGCCCUGGGCUGUGCAGGUGGGAGCGCGACUGCACCAAGGGGCCGGCGGUCCUGACCGAGCCUCUUGCUGUAACAGCUGCACCACGAGUGUCCAAGCGGAUGGAGCGAGGGCGCCUGCAUUCAGGGGCAGCAUCUGCAGUGUGGGCGGCAGACGAGGCACGCUCGGCGACCGCCCCGAGUGCCAUGGGACAAGCGGCGUUUGGGGUGUUCAGGCGGAGCCACAGGCCUCCGAGGAAGAGCAGGGCCCGGGGCAGCCCCCGGGGGUCCCCAGCCUGGCUCUCUGGGGACAGCAGGGGGGGGCAGUGGCCUUUGAGCUCUUCCAGAGGCCCGGCUGCCCCGGGGUUGCCCUUCUCACCGUGGACAGGUGGCCUCAUGCCCACAGCAGCCCUUUCUGACUGCCAGGGGCCAGGGGCCAGGGGCUUGAGUCUGUGUCCCCUGCGCCCCAGACACAUGGAGAGGACAUGACUUCCGAAGGUGCUGUGGGACCAGGAGGGUGGGGCCUCCCAGUAGCGGGUUCAUGAGGCACAACGUGUCUCUGCAGCGCCCCCUGGCAGACAAGUGAUGGACAGGAGGGGACAGGCACCUACUGGCAAGGGGGGUGACCCAACUCCAACCAUCCCAAAUUAUUUAAUUAUCCUUAAUUAAAACAAGGUUCUCCGUUUGUUUA